AUGAACUUCCAGUUCAUUAAUAACGAAUCGACGAAUAAUCCUGGCUCUCGUAAGGCUAUACGCAGCCAUGUGAUGAAGGGCAAGAACACAGGCCGUAUUAUCCAGGGCCGUGGACGGAGACAUGCUGUGCCUCUGGGGGGUGACUUCUUCAAAGAUGUACAUCUGGCUGAGCGUAAUGAGGAUGUUGUGGAUGCUGACGGGAGUACAUUAAUAUUUCCAGAGGUCACUCUUAUAGAUACUACCCACACACCCAACAACCCAUUUGCGGGCGAGGAGUAUACAUACUUUUCUUUCCCAGUCCAGUUCACUUCAUCGAUGCGAUAUUCUGUCUACGAAUUCAACACGAGUAUCUGUAACGUUAUAUACCCAUACGCCUUCUGUCGGCCUACAGAGGAGAUCGGCUCCCCAUGGUUCAAAUUCAUGGUAGCAGAUCCAGCUUGCUUGCACUGUCUUUUAGCCAUGACAGUAACAUACCUCAACAUCAUGAGCAAAUCCGAAAGACCAGUAGAAAGCCUUGAAGCGACCCGUCACUUUACCCAAACACUCCGCCUCUUGAAUCCGAGACUCUCACAGCCAUCAGCCGCGAAGGAAGACGCCAACGUCGCCAUCAUCAUCUCCCUGGCGAUACACUCAAACCUUACACAAGAUCUCCACGCCAGUGCGAUGCACCUCGAUGCACUACAACGUCUGCUCGGCCUUCGCCCUGGCGGUAUCUCCGGCAUACGCGAGUGCAACCGCCCGCUAGUCCAGAAGAUCUGCCGCACCGACGUCGAACUCGCCGUGGCGCAAGGCACGAGACCUCGCUUCAGCGACGCAGGACUCACAGCUGUCGCAGCGGGACCGACAUCUGCGAGAAGACUCGCGUACCCCUUGAACCAAACAAGCCAACUCCUGCAAAGAGUCACUCGCGAACUCCUUGCGCUGUGCCGGCGGCCAGGAAGGACCAAGAUGGCGGCUUUGCAGUACCAGGAUGUGCUGAUCUCGAUGUGGCAGCGUCUGGUCGAAUUUGCGCCGUUGGGUGGCACGAGGCCGCGUGAUCUGUUGGACGAUGUGUGGCAGCUCGCAUUGUUGGCUUUUUUGGUCACUGUCAAAUGGUCCACGAGUUACCUGAGGGCUUUGCACUGUAAACUCUUACACGAGCUGCUUCGGGAGCAUGUUGAGAGUCGUGCUAUGGUAGCUAGAGGGGCCGAGUAUCGAAGCCUGUGGCUGUGGAUUGUUUUUGUGUAUGCGCUUUCGUUGCCGGAUGAUGAGCGGAGAGGGACUCUUGGAGAGAUCAGGGGGGUGGCACGUGAACUUGGAAUAUCGGAGUGGGGAGACUUAAAAACACUGUUCAAGCCAUUUCCUUGGAUAGGCAUUGUCCAUGAUGUUACAGGACAAAGUCUAUGGGAGUUGGCAAUGGGCGAUGACUCGAUCGAGCGCCCAUGUGAUAGUGAGCCCUGA